AUUCAAUGUAUUAUUUGUUUGCAUUUCAAUACAUUAUUUGCGUUCAAAGCUUUGCUGAGUAUAUAUGUUGUGAAUCACGUGACCAAUCAAUUGACACAAACUCAGUAUAAGUGUUGAUAAAAAAUACAGUUUUGUUAUGAUUUCAUUAAAAUUUAACUAAUUUUUUAUCAUUUUUGGUAAAUAUCUAUUGAAUUAAUUGUUUUAAUUGAAUUGAUUGACUAAAUUGUUGACUAAAUUUUGAGUUAAAUUUAAACACGUUUUGGUCUGAACUGUGGUGCGAUGUCUGGUCACGAAUAUUGGUUGAUAUCAGCUCCGGGAGAGAAGACAUGCCAACAGACGUGGGAAUCAUUGAACGCCACGACUGGUCGUCACUCAGAUCUUUGCAAGAAUUAUAAGUUUCAUAUUCCAGACCUAAAAGUCGGUACUUUAGAUCAAUUGGUUGGUCUAUCGGAUGACUUAAACAAAUUGGACACAUUUGUAGAGGUGGUCUGUCGCAAACUGGCCGGUUCUAUAGCUGAUACUCUCGAUAAUAAAGACAAGAAUCAGCAACAACUCAGUGAACACAUACAGGCAAAUGGUGUCGAUUUGGGUCAAUAUGUGACCAAAUUUCAGUGGGAUUUAGCAAAAUAUCCGAUAAAACAAUCGCUUAAGUCUUUACAGGACAUCAUAAGCAAACAGAUCGGACAAAUCGAUACCGAUAUGAAGGCAAAGACAUCUUCUUAUAAUAAUCUUAGAGGAAAUCUUCAGUCAUUAGAGCGCAAACAAACUGGUUCUCUAUUAGUCCGUAAUUUAAGCGAAUUAGUCAAACGCGAGAACUUUGUGUUGGGAUCGGAAUACUUGAGCACAUUGUUGGUCGUCGUCCCGAAGGCUUUCUUUAAAGAUUGGCAAUUAAAAUAUGAAAAGUUAACAGAUAUGAUAGUUCCGCGCUCUUCAAACUUGAUCUUCGAGGACAACGAUCACGGAUUGUUUACGGUUACGCUCUUCAAUAAAGUGGUCGAUGAGUUCAAAGCACACGCCAGAGAAAAUCGAUUCAUUGUUCGUGAAUUCCAAUACAACGAAGAAGAUAUCACUGCAGGAAAAAAUGAAAUGACAAAACUGGAGAGCGAUUUGAAACGUCAGUAUCAGAUACUCUUACGAUGGCUUAAAGUGAACUUUAGUGAAGCAUUUAUUGCAUGGAUUCACGUCAAAGCAUUGCGUCUAUUCGUUGAAUCUGUCCUUCGUUAUGGACUUCCCGUAAAUUUUCUGUCGGUUCUCAUACAUCCCAACAAACGAAUGCAACGUAGACUUAGAGAUGUAUUGAAUCAAUUAUACGCCCAUUUGGAUACAUCCAUAUCUCAAGGACCUAUUGAUGACAUUCCGGGCCUCAAUCUUGGCUCUCAAGAGUACUAUCCAUAUGUUUACUUUAAAGUCAGUACUGAUAUGUUUGGGACACAAACUGUUUAAAAAUAGUAGCUUAACAUAAGGUAAGCUUAUAUUGUGUGUGUUAUUCAAUGAAUAAUAUCAUUAUAAUUGGGACAAAACAUAUAAACCAGUAUUGAUUGAUAUUACAUAUAUAUUAUAUUUUAAAUU